AUGACAGUCGACAAUGACAUAUUAUAUAGCACAACCGAACAACCAAUGAAUGCAUUUGUUGGUAGUGCAGCACCAGAACGUGCAAACACUAUUCAACUAAAGACCGCCUCAUCGUAUACAGAACCUGCCAGAAUGUUAGACGACUAUAAGACUGACACGAUGCGAGAUACUCAAAAGCUUGCAAAUGCUAUUGUGCCAUCGUUGAUAGAUAUAUGGAUUGAAGCGGCCCCAGAUGUAUUUACAGGUGUAUCAGUCAACUUUUCGCCGGCCUUGACGACUCUCAGCAAGGUCUUGGAUAUCCUGGACUUGUUAUCUCAAUACAUUAAUAAACAGCAACAAAAAGAAAUCACAGAUACUUUUAGUACCAGCAAACUGCUUAUGGAGAUUAGUGCUUGGUACACAAAAAUGCUUAGUCUACUCACAAAACACGUUGGUCCGUAUUUUCCGUUUAUAGCUCAUUACUCUGGCAAUAUGAAGACUCAUUCUGGAAACUUUAUAAGACUCGUAAAUAUGGAUACUAAAUUUGUAUCGGUUGCCUCCACUCUAUGCUUCUCUGUCGCUUCUCCUGCAGAGGAAUUGCUAGUAUGGCGUGCAAAAGCUAUUCAACAUUUGACUUUUGUACUCGCGUCAGAUAAUCGAGGCAAGGUACAAGACAACCAGAUACAAGCAGUAUAUGCUAUUGGACAAUCUCUCUGGAAGCAUUUGAAUCCUUCUGAGAGUUUGCAGCUUGUGCAGGCGGUUGUAGAUGACAAUACAGAGUCCGCAAUUGAAUCGAGCAGAUUUAGCUCGAGUCUCUCUUUUCUUGCAGACUCUGUGACAGAACUCGCUAAAGUUUUCGGAAAAGGCGGCGGCUUUAUAUUUUCGUCCUAUGAACCAAUGGAAGCCUUCCUCGUCGCAUACGUCAAGUCUCUCAAUAAAAGAUUCAGUGAGCUAGAAAAAUGUCCUUUCGGAGUGCUUUCGUCUGUAUUGAAAAUUUGGAAUUGUAUCUCCGUCAUCUCAAAACCUCCACAAAAUCCUCCCAACUACUUCCAAUGGUUCCAACUUCGAGACGAGCUUCUUGCCGAUAUUUAUGACUCACUUCGUCCCUUCUUCUCGCAAACCGAUGCAGCUACUGGCAAAAUUCGAUUCGGCCCCUUUAUCAAACAGUGGUCAACAGAUCAAAAUUCAUUAUUACAGUUCUUGAUUACAACUUCGAAAAUGUUGCCUCUUCCUCUACAACAAGCCAUUGCCGAUUGUCUACGUCAACCAUGUAUCGCUGUCUCCACUGUCGGUUCUUACCUAACAGCCUUUCAACGAAAUGGUUUGUUGGGUGGAUGGCUUAUCUUAAAACGACAAGACUAUAUAAACCUCGUAGUUUCCGUAUUGCUCGUUGGAUAUUCUAAGACUGAAUUGGAUGCCUUGCAGACCAAGGAUGUGAAAACCAGUCGAUUCGGCGGGUGUACAGCAACUCCAUCACAACCACGACUUGUCGAAAAGGAUCCUAGUAGAUAUAUUGGAUUUGAAACUACCAAAGAUAUUUCCCUGCCAGCUGAUGCUCUUGGAUUUCCACGUGGUCCUGGAUCAAAGGAAGUGGUUGAUUAUAUCCUCAAGAAUACACAGGAUGGUCACAAACUGCAUGGAUGUAAGCUAGAGCUAUGUGUCGCUGAGAAAGUUUGUGUGUACGCAAGACGGAGUGAGCUAGUUUCGAGAGGAUUAAGUGAUCUUGCCAUCUCUGAUGUUGUUCUCGACCACUUGUCGCCAGUUAUUACUCGUAUCUUGACUGGCACAUUUCCAGUGGACUUGUUUUUCUCCAUUGCCUUGGUUGUAGGGAAGCUGCUUCCUGUCGGUGCUUGGGAGAACUGGGAAGGAACCGAAAUUCUUGUCCAACUCGUUGCCAAGGCGGCUGUAGCUGCAGCUGUAGUCUCGGUGACUGAAGAUAGUGCCGAAGUGUGUAUCGACUACUUUGCAAUUGUCAAUCAUGAUCUAGAAUUUGUUGUCAAGGGUGUAUCUGGUGUGGCUGCAGUAUCACCAAUGUUUCGGGCCGCAUUUAUGAAAAAUGUCCAAGAAUAUUUAAAUCAACGAAAAUUAUCUAAACACAUUGCAGAAGGACUUGUGAAAAUUGUUCGUGAUGUGUUUCUCCAACCGCUAUUCAGGGUCUUGUUAUUGCAUGAUGAAGCUUCGUUUGUCGCCUUGACAGAUAUAGUCCAACGACCAAUAACCACGACAGCUUGA